UACACUAAAUGGCUCUCAGUUGGACUUAAAUGCUUGCGCGAAAAAGUUUGUGAACAUGUGCGCUCGCUUUGCUUGGAUCCUGAUGUUCAUGAUGAUCAAAUCAAUAUAUAGUUUCGGACAUUUUACAUGUGAAGAAGACGGAAUGAGCAAGAAGUUAAGUUUAGCCUGUAAUGGCGAUAAAGAUUGUUCCCAUGGCAGCGAUGAGUCAUACGUGAUGUGCAAAGAGCUGGUUGAAGCAUCCCCACACACAUUCUUCUGCGCCUAUGGAGGUCGAAUUAGUCAGUAUAACCGUUGCAACGAAGUGCCUGAAUGUGCCGAUGAAUCUGAUGAAUCUGCCAGUCUAUGCGAGAGCGAAAGCCAAUUUAAUAAAACAAAGAAAGGCAACUGUACAGAGUACGUCAAAAAAUAAAUCAACACAACAUUUCUACCUCGAUCUUAAAAGAUCCGCCAGGAAUUCAGAUGCAAAUUUAGUUCGACAGGGUGCGUAACUGUGAUAGCUUUAGAUGAUUGUGAUUCACACCUAGGGACAUUGCACAAAUAUAAUAUACUAUUUCUCACGUUGUAGAAUAAGCCAUAGUUUGGGUCGGUUUUUAGAUAAUUAAUGGGAAUAAUGUGUAGAUUUUCACAGAAAUAAGCAAUA